GACGGGGGCACGGACAGGAACGCCAACCACCGCGCCCCGUUUAUUCCCCUCCGGCGCAGCCGCCCCCGUGUCCUGUGCGCACCUUCUCGAAGCCUCCUCCCUCCCUCAUGGCGGACCAGCUGACCGACGAGCAGAUCGCCGAGUUCAAGGAGGCCUUCAGCCUCUUCGACAAGGAUGGCGACGGUUGCAUCACCACCAAGGAGCUCGGAACCGUGAUGCGGUCCCUCGGGCAGAACCCCACGGAGGCGGAGCUGCAGGACAUGAUCAACGAGGUUGACGCGGACGGCAACGGCACCAUCGACUUCCCGGAGUUCCUGAACCUGAUGGCGAGGAAGAUGAAGGACACUGACUCGGAGGAGGAGCUCAAGGAGGCGUUCCGCGUGUUUGACAAGGACCAGAACGGGUUCAUCUCGGCGGCGGAGCUGCGCCACGUGAUGACCAACCUCGGGGAGAAGCUGACGGACGAGGAGGUGGACGAGAUGAUCCGGGAGGCGGACGUGGACGGCGACGGCCAGAUCAACUACGAGGAGUUUGUCAAGGUCAUGAUGGCCAAGUGAGGUGGCGGGACAGGGGGUGUCCUCCCACGAAAUAAGCUUAAAAUUUGCUCUCAAGUGGAUUGGAAUGGAAUGCCAGACAGACUCGCAAGGUUGUAUUUUGUGCUAUGUUUUUUAAGUACUGUUGCCUGUUGGGUAGCUGGUCGGGUUAUCUUGUAGCGGUGUAGUCGUGGGGAGCAGCAUCGGAUUUACCUGGUUUCUAGUCUUAUCAUGGAAUUUAGGGGCUUUGUGCAAAUCUCGGUUUUGCCCUGCGGUUUGCUUGUAUGCUUGGGUUGUGUUCAGCUCCAAAAUGCUGGCCGGAAGUACAUUUUGUGGAUUCCAUUUGGCA